UUUAACAAUCUUUCCUAUAUAAACCACCAGAAGUUCCUCUGUUGUCUAAGUAAAAGAGAAAAAAAACAACUCCUCCAUUCUUUCUCUUUUCCAUCACUACAAAAAAAAUAUGGGAAGAUUAAGCCUUAGGAGCUUUACAUUUAUGUUUAUAGUUGCAUUUCUCGUGUGGUCGUCGUUAAAUGUUGAGAUUUGUAAUGCCAGAAGAGGUAAACAUUGGAGACAACAAACAAGAACAUCCUCUGUUUCUUUGUACAAAAAGAAAGGAAAAUAUCAUGGUAGUAAUAACCAUCACAAAAGUGGUAGCAAACCGAAGCCAAAAUACUCGUCUCCACCACCAAGUACACCAACAAACCCGCCAAGCAAAGGGUAUGACAAUGUACCUUCGACUAACAUCUUUGAUGUGAUGAAUUUUGGUGCUACUGGAGAUGGCAAGACCGAUGAUACUAAGGCAUUUCAAGCUGCAUGGGCAGCUGCUUGUAAAGUGGAAGCUUCGACGAUGAUCGUUCCAUCGAAAUACACAUUCCUUGUACGACCAAUUUCAUUCUCAGGUCCAUACUGUCAACACAACAUUGUUUUUCAGCUUGAUGGAACAAUAAUUGCUCCAACAGAUGCCAAAUCUUGGGGUUCAGGUGUUAUGCAAUGGCUUGAAUUUACCAAAUUGGUGGGAAUUACAAUCAAAGGAAAUGGGGUGAUUGAUGGAAGAGGUGCAGUUUGGUGGCAAGAUACACCAUAUGAUGAUCCUCUAGACGAUGAAUUAAAACUAAUCAUCCCGUUAAACAAGACAUUAUUGAGACGUCCUCCGACUCCUAUAAAUAGCUCGCUUAGUGGGAAAAUGCCAAGCAUUAAACCAACAGCUCUUCGAUUCUAUGGGAGUUUCAAUGUUACUGUGACAGGCAUCACAAUUCAGAAUAGCCAACAAUGUCAUCUCAAAUUUGAUAAUUGCAUAGGGGUAGCAGUAUACGAUUUCACUGCCUCAUCUCCUGGAGAUAGUCCUAAUACAGAUGGAAUCCAUUUACAGAACUCCAAAGACGCGCUAAUUCGCAGUUCCAACAUUGCUUGUGGAGAUGAUUGUGUCUCGAUACAAACUGGAUGUACCAAUGUGUAUGUACACAACAUAAAUUGUGGACCAGGACACGGAAUCAGCAUUGGAGGACUAGGGAAAGACAAUACUAAGGCAUGUGUUUCAAAUAUUACAGUCAAAGAUGUUGUUAUGCAGAACACGAUGAACGGUGUCAGGAUUAAGACAUGGCAGGGCGGGUCAGGGUCAGUACAAGGAGUGUUUUUCUCAAACAUUCAAAUGAACGAAGUCCAGCUACCGAUUGUAAUUGAUCAGUUCUAUUGUGACAAGGGCAAAUGCAAGAACCAGACAGCUGCAGUGGCUUUAUCAGGAAUCAACUAUGCAGGAAUUAAAGGAACAUAUACAGUAAAACCGGUGCAUCUAGCAUGUAGUGACAGUAUGCCAUGUCAAGACGUGACCCUCACGAAUAUCCAACUAAAGCCAAUACAAGAGCGUUACCACAUGUAUGAUCCAUACUGUUGGCAGACAUUCGGAGAGUUAUAUACUCCUACUCAACCUCCAAUUGAAUGCUUACAAGUUGGAAAACCAACGAGCAACAAAAUUCAAGCAGAUCAUGAUCAAUGCUAGUAUAGUAAGAAUAUUGCCUAUAUUUAUAAUAUUUUUGGUGUCUUCAUUUGUGAGGCCGGCAUACUUUUGCUGGCCCCUAUUACACCAUAUAUAGAAUGAUUGCAUAUUCUUAAUGCAUAAGAGUAUAGAAUUUCUUUUUUUUUCCUCCUUUAGUAGGAUUACUGUAUGUGGUAUUGAAUUAAUUUUAAUAGAGUGGAUUUCUAUAGUAAAGUAUGAGAAGGCACUUACUUCCGGGUAAAA